UUUCCGGAAGUACGUUUGCGUCUCUUUUAUAACCAACAAAGAAAACGCCAAAAAUKGUGUUCUUGUGCUAACUAGCAUUUAAAAAAUAUAUAUAAAUACAACGCUCAUUUCAUUUUGUCUUUAUAACAAUCCGAAGCGUUAAGUUGCUUAGAGGUGUAACAUGGCAGAAUCCCCCUUUCCUCUGCCCUCCCUGGGCCUGCUGGUCCCUCCUCUCCGGAUGAUGUCAGCAGUUAUGUGGCAGGUGGUGCGCCAGGGCAACACAAAGCAUUAUGGGAAGCUGGAGGAGUUUGUGUCCAUGGUAACGGAGGUGGUUCCAGAUCUCCUGUCCAACAGACAGAGGUGGCUGCUCAUCCUGGCUCUAAGAGGACGGGUGACUCUGGAAUUGUUCCGAUCUGGACAUCCCGAUGACCUCAAGGCUGUUGAAACACACCUGGAUAGAAUCACAGCAUCUGGUCUGAAACAGUCAAACGAUGCCGCGAUUGAAUUUGCUGAAUCUAACUUCCUGAAGCUGAUCCAGAGCUUAGUGGAAGACCCAGAAAGGAGGGAACACUUCUUCAAGGUGGUGUUCCCGGUGGAGUAUGGUCCUAACUUUGACUCAUCGCUGCAAACUCUGGUGUGCCACUUCCUGUCUAGACUGGAGGAGCUGCUGCCGGUCCCAGACUUCAAACAGACUGCGUUGUUGAUCAGUGCUGCCCCCUCUGUUCUGGAGGACUACAUGCGCUGUGUCUCUCACGGAGAGGACCUGAAGUCUCUGCUACAGAACCAACACUGCCCCGGGAAGCUGCCCAAGAGCGUUCCCUCGAGGACAGAGGACCGUCUCCUCGUCUCGUUAUCCUUCCCUCCAUCACUGAGACUGGCCAAUGCCUCGCACCCCAGCGCCCGCGACAGCCCGUCCUUGGAGAUCAUGACUGACAGUUUGACUGGCCAAUGGGCUGAGUCAAAAGCAAGUAUGGCUAAAAAUACUGGAACGGAUUCAGUAGAAAGCCAAGGAUCUGAAGGAAAGGAUCACCUGAAGGAGAGACAAAGGGUAAGAUUGAAGUCUGAGGAAGGAAGAGAAGCAGUUGUCUCUGAGCACCAAUACUCCCUGAGCAGCACGACAGCUGAACACGRCCCGGCGGCAACAGCAGCMGCCUCCUCCGGUGUGUCACCAGAGCAACCGCGGCARCGCGUGGCCCACAAGUGUCCCCAAUGUGGCCGUUGUUUCAUCUACCUCUAUGAGAUGCUGGAGCACCAGAGACUCCACACAGGGGAGAACCCUUACAAGUGUUCCCAGUGCGGUAAGACCUUCAGACGGUCCUCGGAGAUGUCCACCCAUCGUCGGACACAGUGCUCCAACGCUGCCUAUGUCUGUAUUAAAUGCGGAAGCAGUUUUGGGUCGGUCAGAGAGCGUGUCCGGCACCGGUGUAGUGGCAGUAGACGGGCCAGCGGUUUAGGGCAGGCGGGCCAGUUCGAGUGUCCGCAGUGUGGGAAAAUCUUCAAGUGGCACAACUCGUUGAAGAAACACCUGGUAACCCACACCACUGACAAGGUCUUCAACUGCAGGUACUGUGGGGAGGGGCCAUUCCCAGGCGUGGCGGAGCUGAGGGCCCACCAGAAGGUCCACGGUGCAGAAGACAAACCCUACAAGUGUAAACAGUGUGGAAAGGGCUUCAGCUCACAGGUCUGGCAAAAUAACCACGAGCAACGUCAUUCCCAAGAGAGGUCCAAGAUCUGCCCCAGCUGUGGAAAGGCCUUCCGCUGUAAAGGRGACCUGAAGCUCCACAUGCGGACCCACACCGGCGAGAGGCCGUACCAGUGUACCUACUGCACCAAGCGGUUCUCCGUCAACGGAAACCUGACGAUACACAUCAGGACUCACACGGGCGAGAAACCUUUCCUCUGCUCGGACUGCGGCAAGGCCUUCUGCUCUGCAGGAGAGCUGCAGAUCCACAGGAGAACACACACCGGGGAGAGACCGUACAAAUGCACCGUCUGUGAGAAAGGUUUCACCAUGGCCAGCAAGGUGACACUUCACAUGCGUGUACACACGGGAGUACGACCCUACAUCUGCCACGAGUGUGGGAAGGCAUUCUCUCGCGGUGCGGAGUUGAAGAAACAUGUUCUGAACCACACUGGGGUGAGACCGUACCCCUGUCAUCUCUGUUCUAAGACCUACACCUGUCUAAAUCACCUGAAGAGACAUUUAAAGACCCACUCUGCCUCCCAGUCGUUGGACGUGAGCGGUGGAUCGACUGUAGCAUAAUGACCACUUGCAGAGGAAAUACAUAUUACCCUUUAUUUAACACGAUGUUGUCAAUAUAAAAUGUGUUAUUUUCUAAUGACUGCUUUAUGCUACUUGUAAAAUUUGUUAUUUUCUAAUGACUGCUUUAUGCUACUUGUAAGGAGCGAUAGUUGACUACUGUGUGUUAAUAUCGAGACUUCAACUCUGCUUUUUAAAGGAAGUUGAAUGUUGCUGCUGUAGAGUUGGGAAC